ACUGCUCACCUGGGGCCCUGGGCAUCUUCUACCCACCAGAGGGUGCUCAGGUGGCAACCUGCUUCCCAGGCACCAGGCUGGGACCUGCAGAGGGGAGAAAGGGAGAGCCACGGAAAAGCUGGCUGGGAUGGUGGCCUCUCCAGGGGACGUGGGAAGGAGAGCUGGGCCCAGAUUUGCCACAUGGGGGCGGCAGCGGCUCAGGCUAGCCCCAGAGACUGGGCAAACCCCUGGGCCGGUGCUGCCCCCAAGUGGGCUCCCAGAGCACUCCAGCACUGGGGCGGGAGCCCGACAGCAACAUCUCAGGAGAAAACAUGUGGAGGGGGCCCAGCUCCCUCCUGGGCUGGGAUGUCUGUGUCCAGAUGCACAGAACAGGGGAGAGGCUCUAAGCCUCAGAGCUGGGCAGGAGCAGGCACAGGACUCAGGGGUCUGGCUCCCUACUCCAGAGGAGCCCUCCACUCCACAGAGAGGUGCCCCUGGACCCCAUACCUACCUGAUUCUUUGUCCCCUCCCCUACCUGAAGAUCGCUGGGGUACACUCCCACCCCCUCCCGGACCUGCCCCACGGCACCCUGGACUUGGCUGAACUGAAGAGGAUGAUCACUCGUGGCCACGGGAGCCCCUAUCACCUGGUCUGUGAGCUCAUUUGCCUGGAGAACACACACAGCAGCUCAGGAGGCCGGGUCCUCCCCAUCGACUACCUACGCCAGGUACACCUCCUGGCCGGGACCUACGGGGCCCGGGUCCACCUGGAUGGGGCCCGGCUGAUGAAUGCAGCGGUAGCACUGGCUGUGCCCCCCGCCCGCAUCGUGGAGCACUGCGAUUCUGUGUCUCUCUGUUUCUCCAAGGGCCUGGGCGCACCAGUGGGGGCCCUGGUUGGGGGGCCCAAGGACUUCAUUGAAGAAGCCUGGCGCCUCCGGAAAGCCCUGGGUGGAGGCAUGCGUCAGGCAGGGGUGCUGGCCGCAGCUGCCCUGGUGGGACUGGCUGAUGCGGAGGAGACGCUACUGAGGGACCACAGGAAUGCCCAGAGAUUCGCCAAAGGACUCCAGGAACUGGCAUCGCCCAUGUGCUCCGUGGACCCCAGCGCCGUGGAGACCAACAUGGUGAUGGUGCGGGUGGACGGGCUGCCACCUGAGGAGCUAUGCCGGCACCUGCAAACCGUGAGCGCAGAUGAGGUGGCCCAGACUGGCCACGCGGUGCGCGUGCUGCUCUUUCCCUGGUCAGAGCAGUCCGUGCGUGCCGUGUGGCACCGCGACGUCUCGGCGCAGGAUACUGAACUGGUGCUGGGGAAGUGGAAGUUUGUGCUGAGGCAGUUGGGGCCCUGAGUGUGGUGUGACUGGGGACCCUGUGCCCUGGCUGGGAUAGAAGUGGGGAGUGGAGGCGUUCCAAGCAGGCAGGAGUGAGGAGGGGCAGGAAACCACGCACCCAUUGUCCUUGGACCCCUUCACUUCCCAUGACACGAGGCUGACGCCCUCUACCUGUGUUCAUCAGCAAACCUUGAGUGCCGCCUGUGUGUGGGACAGGGCGCCCAAGGAUGCAGGGGUCGGUAGGACACUGUGCCAGCCCUCUCACCACAGCCCGGGAGGCAUCCAGGGCAGGGUCUCUGCUCCCAGUGCUGGACGAGCAUUUGUUCAGGGCACAUGGAAGGUGAGCGCCUCCUGAGCCCGGAGGAGCUCAUGAGGAAGCCAUGAGAGGACAUCCGAAAGGCACCUGGGAUUUGAUGGCGUGGAUUUUAACUGCCGUGGGAAUGGGGGUUGGACUUUUUAUCUUGUAGUCAUCUAAUACAUAUAUUCCUUUUUUUAAAAAAGAUGACAAUUAAGGGGAUCUCAACCCUUGACUUGAUGUUGUCAGCACCAGGCUCUCCAAAGUGAGCUAACCAGCCAUCCCUAUAUAGGGAUCUGAACCCAUGGCCUUGGUGUUAUCAGCACCACACUCUCCCAAGUGAGCCAUGGGCCAGACCUCAUAUAUUCCUUUUUUAAAAAUAAAUUUUUCUGCUUACAAAGUAA